AUGACACUGCGUGUGGCGUUCUUGGGUGUUGGGGCGAUGGGCUACCCAAUGGCUGAGCACCUGCUGAAGAAGGGCCACCAGGUGUGGGUCUGGAACCGCACCAAGGACAAAGCCCUCCCACUGCAAGAAGCUGGUGCGGUGGUGGUGGACCGCGUGGAGGAGGCGGUGGCUGCGGCCGACGUCGUGGUGGCGAUGCUGUUUGACGCUGGCGCGGUGCAGGCCACCAUUCUCGACUCCGGCCCCGUGCGCGAAGCGCUGCGCGGGCGCACCCUGGUCAACUGCGCUACUGUCGCCCCGGCCGACAACCAACGCUUCCAGCGCGACGUGCUCGCCCUCGGCGCCUCCUUCGUAGAGGCUCCCGUGCUCGGCGCCACCCCCGUGGCCCAGCAGGGUGCCCUGCAGGUGCUGGUGGGCUCGACGGCGGAGCAGUUCGAGCAGCUCAAGGACAUGUUUGCCGCGUUCGGCACGCCGCGCCACAUCAGCGAGGACAUCGGGCGGGCCACCACCCUCAAGCUGGCGCUCAACCAGAUCGUGCUGGGCGAGAUCGUCACCUUCGCCAACAGUCUCGCCAUGGUCAAGAAUGCGGGGCUGAGCGAGGAGGCGUUGAUGGAGGUUCUUCGUCCCAGCCAGCUCUAUUCCAAGUACUUCGACCUCAAGAUGCCCACCAUGGUGAGCCGCGACUUCAGCUCGGUCGUCUUUGACAUCGCCGGUGCCAAGAAGGACAGCGAGCUCAUCUCGGCUGAAGCGGCACGACUCGGAGUGAACACUGUGGCCGUGGAGAGCUUGCGGGAGGUCUACACCCGGGCGGCCGAAGACAAUCCCGGUGCCGACUACGUGGCGGUCUACAACACCAUCAACCCGCCCCAGCAGCAGUGA